GAUAUUACCUCUUGUCAGACUUAGUGGGACCUUCAGGUGAACUUAGGGAGGUUGCCCAGCUUGGUGGCUGGGCGGAGAGUGGGUUCUCCCCACCUCCAUCCCUUCCCUGGCGGGCAGGAGCCAAGCGGGUGUGAUGGGGAACCUUCCGACCACUUGAGGAAAGGACAAGUUGAAAUCGGGAGGCUGCCUGUGAUCCCAGGGGCAUUUCCCCCGCUCUCCAGGCGCCUUAACAUCUUUCCUGCUGGGUGAAAAAAAACGAGCACAACUCCAGCCCAAUUCCACUUUCAUGCCCACCCCCCCCACCCCCCGCCCCACAAUGCUCGCCUGGCACUUCACAGGGCAGCAACUGCUUCUUCCACCGGCUGGAAAUCCUCCCAAUAGUAGAAACAAAUGGUUCCCCUGCUUCCAGCCUAUUGACAGGAAUGUCACUUGUGUGCCCCUUGCUCCUUAGUCCAAACUUGGGUGGGCCCUGAAAUCUCUCUGAAUCUUUAAAAAAUAUCCAUUCCCACCUUGUAUCUCCAGACAUUAUCAUCUGAUUGGUAGAAGCUGCGACAGGGCGUCAAGGUUUCUCAAAGCUCCCCAGGUGAUUCUAGUGUGCUGCGAAGUUUGGGAACUCCGUGUCUUAGACCCAAAUCAUGUGUUGAAUUUGAACUUUGGUUUCUCUUUAGGGAGGCUGGGGGGCGAGAGAGGCAUUUGGGACUUCCAGGGAUUGAUAGAUGUGACCCAGGCCGUUUGCAGUGAACUUGAUCCUGCUGUCUGAACGCGCCAGCCUUCCUGCAAGAAUGUCUUGGACUUGGCACAAUUGAAUGGGGGAUAUUUGGGCUGCUCACGUUGGGACUAAAUCCCUGUGGUGUCCCACACAAUGGGGCUUGGAGGAAAGGGACAAGGGACCAGCCUUCCCCUUUAUUCUUCAGCUGACCCAGAAUCCUUCUUAUAGAAGGUUUUUCUGGCUUCUUUUUUUCUGCCAGCCAGGCCAGCCAGAGGCAGCCAUAAGAACAGUGUGCCUGGCUUACUUGUCUUGGCUGUCCUAGUUGAUUUUAGUUUUUUCCCCUCCUUGCUAACUAGAUGCCAGGUAUGGAGUGGCACUGUCUCUGAUCUUUUUAAUUUGGCUCCAAGGCAAAAUCCGGGACUGUUUCUGCGAAAGUCCUGACAUCUGUAUUUAAAUAGCCUUUCCAGGUGCUAGGAACUGUUCUGAGCUCUUUCCUUUCAUCAACUCAUUUCAUGUUCACAGUAUCCCUAUGAAGUAUGUAGGUGCUCUAUUACACCCAUUUUCCAGAGGUGGAAGCUGAGGCACAGAGGUUAAUGAUUUGCCCAAGGUGGGUAAGUGGCCCUGCUGGAAUCGAACCCAGGAAAUUGGGCUUUGGAGUCUCUACCCUUAAACCUAACAUCAUCCUUCUUUUCACUGUGUAGCGAAUUAACUACCUGAGUGGUGAGUUUUUUUUUUUUUUUUUUAAUUAAAAAAAAAAUGCCUGGGAAUCCACUGGAUUUGGAGAUGUUGCUUCCCCCCCCCACACACACCCAUGGCAUGCAGGAGUCCCUAGGUCAGGGAUUGAACCCACACCACAGCAGCAACUCGAGCCAUCCAUCAGAGUGGCAAUGUCAGAUCCUUAACUGCUGGAGCCACCAGGGAACUCCAUGGUGACGACGUUUUUAAUAAGAAGAGAGGAAACAAUUGCCAUGGGCAACCUCUUCUUAGCCCCUGGGCCUGCAGCAGGGGCCCCGGUCACCUAAGUUACUGUCACGCAGGGCGCCCCACCUCCUGGUUAACUCCUGUUAAAGGUUGCUAAUCUGGUGUUUAACGACGCCCUGCUUGCAGAUGACUCACUGAGAACGCAUUCCAGGCGCAGACAGAGGCAAAAUAUGGGCUGCCGACCUCGCACAAAGGGACAGAAACCGCUCCUGCAUCUUGGAGCCGAUGGUUUCAAAUGCCCAGAAAGAGGCUGGUGGCAAACAGGACCAGGUUCGCAUUGCCCCCCGCCCGCCUUUGUGUUGUGUGUCACGCUGUAUGACUCUUGAGUCUCAACCUGGGGUAGGUGUCUAUGCUCUGACACCCAGUUCCCAGCACUGCCUUUCCAGUCAAAGUGGGGAGCACGUGCCCCAGCCAGGGGGGUGAGCUGUAGUUCUGUCCCCACCCCCAGGCCACUGAGGUCCUCACCAGCUUGUCACCCUCUUUAUUAUGCUAGACGUGCAUGUUAAAUUUGCUCACGCUUCACUCCCUCGGAGAGGUCCCAGUGUCCCCCACUUUGUUUUCAUAAACUGGACUGACCUUCCGGACAGUACCCCCUGGAUGUAGGGAUGUAGGGUAACUGGCUGGCUGGGAUGUUGCACCCCAAGACAUUUUUAAAGGUACUGAGGACCAGGCUGGGUGUUAUGAGCCCCCUACCCCCACCCUACCUUGACCGUAAAUUUUUCUUGCUCAUUCUUUGGAACCAAGAUGGUAAUGUUCCUAGGAAUUCCCACACCAAAUGGUGAUCUGAGACUCAUUCGUCACACCAGUACUUACUGAGCACUUACUAUAUGUGAGGCACCGCUUUAAGCCAUGGGUGACAUAGCGGUGAACAAGAUGCUCAAGGUCUCUGCCCUCCUGGAACUGGCAUUCUAGUGGGAGAGACAGUCGCCAACUUAAAUAUGUGCUAGAGUACCAGGUGGAUUGUUAAAUGCCCUUAUGACAAAAAGUAGGUGAGGGUGGAGCUCCUUUAGACAGGGUGGUCCAGGAAGUGACAUUUAAUGGACACCAGAAAAAAAUGAGAGAGUGACCUUUGUGGUUUUGGGGCUGAAGUGUGUCAGUUCACGAGAAUGGCAAGUGCAAAGGUCCUGAGGCAGGAGCAAGAUAGCGAGGUUGAGUGGCAACGGUGAGGCUGGCAGAGGCCAGCUCAGGGACUUGCAGACCAAGCUGAGGGCAGAAAGUAAAAUUCCAUCUGGUCUUUUAAACAUGUAUUUGUGACUGUUUUAUUUUUAUUUUUUAAAAGGCUCCAAGGGCUCCCAUACCCCCUAAAUUAGAAACCCAAAUCAGAGACCUGACUGAGAGGUGCCCAUGCAGAACAGGCUCUGUGGAGGGCUUGGCUCCAUGGGCGGGGGGUGGGGUUGGGAAGGCUGCUCUCCUGCAGGGCACCGCUGGCCCAGGCUGCCUGCCGGGCCAGCAGAAGUUUGCCUGUCAGCCGCAUUUAUCCCACAAAUAUUUAAGCCAGGCAGGGUGAGGGCCACAGCUGUGAACAAGACAAGUCUGUGCCACCUUCGAGCACCCGGGCCGGGACCGCCAGCUCCAGAUUGGGGAAGCAGCCCGUGUCCUUCCUCCCUGUCUGGCCCAGCCAAGCUGUGGGACUCAGGGGGCACUGCGGAGAAAGGGUUGUGCUCCCAGGAAGGGUGAGUGAGUGCGUGUGGCAGACACCUAGCUCCUCCAGUUAAUGUGGCUGCUUGGGGAACUAGCCCUGUCCCACUGUGCUGCCCCAGGGAGCUCACAGAUGACAUUUGGGAUCUCAAGUCGUGCUCUCUGGGGUGCAUGUUUGAGGGUACAGCCACCAUGGGGGCGGGUGAGCUGAUGACACAUCACUGAUCUCUGAUGAAGGGCUUGGCCCACUGUGGAGUGGUGACAGGAGGUGCCAGUCUUUGCUGUCACCUCCUCAGGUGUGGGCCUGGGUUUUCUCGUAUCCAGUGUCCUGGGCCGCAUCGUGUGUUGCUCCUGUCAGCCCAUCCGAUCUCCCAGGGUCUGUUUAUACAUCGAGUGUGCUUCUGAGUGCACACUGGAGAGUUGCCCUAAGGAUGAGGCACUGCUUCCCUGGACCCAGAUCCUGAGAGGAGCCCUUGGGGGACCACGUCCAGGUAGAACUCGUGGUGGGGAGUGAGUUGUCUUUGCCCCAUCCUUAAAAAUUUCCUGGGGCUGCCCAGCUCUUUGAAAUCUUGGUUACAACUGCCUCUUAGGAUCUUGGCUGUCACCAUGCCUGCUCACCCCCACCUCCCAAGGGUGAGGCCAGAGAAGGAAGGGAGUUAGGAAUUUAGGGAGUUAGUGCCUAGGAUUAGGAAGGAUGGAAGGUCAGAUGGAUGGGUAAAUGGAUGGGUGGAUGGACAUAUGGAUGGAUAAGAGGACAGGUGGAUGAAUGGAUAAAUGGAUGGAUAGACGGAUGGACAGGUGAGUGGAUGGAUGGAUGGAGAGAUAAAUGGGUAGAUAGGUGGAUGGACAGGCAAAUGGAUAGGUAGAUGGAUGGAUGGGGGAUGGAUGAAUGGUCGAGUGGAUGAAGGUAUGGACAGAGGAUGAAUAAAUGGAUGGAUGGAUGGAGGAUGGAUGAAUAGAUGCACAGACAGAAGGACAGACAAUUGGAAAGAGAAAUGGAUGGAUGAAUGGAUGGACAGAUGGCCUGAGGAGACAGGGGUCAGCCGGCAUGGUCCCCUUGCAGGCUCACAGGUGUAUCCCUGACCAGCGAAGGUGCCUGAGCAAGCGCAGGUGGAAGAGAGCCAGGUGUGUCAGGUGGAGGAGGGUGGAGCCUGUUUGCAGAAAGGGAGACCACGAGGAGCCAGAAACCCUGGCGCCUCCUUUCAGCCCCUGUCUGCUUGAUCCUGGAUGAAGUGGCCUCCAGCAGAAAUUCGGCAACACGUCUGACAGCCGCAUCUCUGUGAAAGGCUCACCUGUCUGAGACGAUCUACCUGUAGCUUUCGUGUGAAAAGAAGACAAAUAGGCUCACACCUGCCAGCCCCCUGCCCUCCCCCCAAGUGCCCUGGCUCGAGAGAUGAGGCCCCGGAUGCUGCCUGUGUUCUUUGGGGAGAGCAUCGAAGUGAACCCUGAACCCACACACGAGAUCCGCUGCAACUCGGAGGUCAAGUAUGCCUCAGAGAAGCACUUCCGGGACAAGGUCUUCUAUGCUCCGGUGCCCACGGUCACCGCCUACAGCGAGACGAUCGUGGCAGCGCCCAACUGCACUUGGCGCAGCUACCGCAGCCAGCUGACCCUGGAGCCCCGGCCCCGCGCGCUGCACUUCCGCAGCACCACCAUCAUCUUCCCCAAGCACGCCAGCAGCUCCUUCCGCACCACCCUGCACCUCAGCCUGGGCCGGCCCCGCCGCUGGUUCACGGCCAGCGUGCAGCUGCAGCUGUGCCAGUGCCCUGGACCCAGCCUCCUGGGCCCUGCCGCGCUCUGAUGGGUGGCCAGCCCUGCUGCCGGAGGACGGACUCUGCAAUCACGAUCGGUGGGCCGGAAGCUGGGGCCGGAGGGAGGUGGGAGGCCUGGCCGACUGCCUGGCCCGCUCCCCCGGCAGCAUCCUGUCUGGUCUGCAUGGCCAACUAAUCAACACAACUAUCUUAUUAGCACCUACACAGCAUGAGGCAGCGGGGGCCUGGCUGCUGGCCCACGAGGAGCACCUGGUGGGUAGGCAGUGGCUGUCCCGAUGGGCAGGGAGAGGAGACAUGGGCAGGGAGAGAAGGAGACGUGUGUCCUUGGCUGCCCUUGAAGCGGGGGACACCCUGAGUGCUGGCAGGAGGGAGGUGUCCCAGCCUUGGCUGGAGGUGGGUGCUCUUUAGCACCUGGGCCCCCCACCCCGCUGCCCCAGCUCCCAGGCUGCAUGUGAGGGCAGAGGGGUGUCAUCCAGGCACCACCACAUGCUCCUGGAGAGGGCUGUUUCCGGAGCCGGACUUUGAACUGUGUGCAGCUGAACACCCAGAGCCGUGGCUUGGCAGCCUCUGUCGGACAGUGGACACUGAUGCCGUGGCUAGUGUUGGAAGCGUGGGGAGCAGCCUGGGAUGGACCAGCCUGAGCUGCCCAGGGCCUGAGCCCCAGUGUGCGGGAUGAAGGGCAGAGCUGUCUGCACUGAGGCCUUUGAGCAUUGUGUCCAGAGCCUCAUCCCUGUUCGCCAGAGCGCUCGAGCCAGGUGCCCAGGGAGGCAUGGAAGGGCUCAGAAAUGACCACAGCCCCUACGCCAAGAUCCCCAGCAGCUGACAGCUUAAAGAGAUUCCGUGGGGGGGGGGGCACCCUCACUCAGGCCUCCUGCCCCUCCUGUGAUGACUCUUCCAGGACCAGUGCUGCUGGGCGCCCCUUACACAUGCAGGUCGGGAGAGGGAGAGGAUAAGCCAGGAUGCUCGGGGCUGCCCAGGACGAAUGCCCCAGAAGACCCUGAUGUGGCCAAGGAGCUGCUGUCAGAGCUGAAUGGAUCCAGUGGAUGGGGCCGCCCCCACCACUCCCCAGGCCGCCCCCUGCAAUGUGGAGCAGAGGCUGGGGCUUUAGCUUCCUCGUCGGGGGCUGAGGGGUGACUCGGAGCUCACGUUCGGGGGAGGCAAAGUGACUGAUAUAUUUUACGUAUCUACGCAGACUGUGCUUGUUCUCUCCACAGAGAUGCUUUCUGAUUAACAAAGAAAUAACUUAAGAAUCAACUGAUUAUCUUAAUAAAACAUGCAAACCCAAA